AUGGGUGUUCGUCAUUUGAAAGUUGAAUUUUGCGGCGGUGCUGAGGUUCUGUUUGGUAAGAAGAAAACGCAUCAACUCGAAAUACCGACGAACGAUUCGUUUAUUCUGUCUGAUUUGUUGACGUUUAUUAAAGAGAAUCUUAUCGAAGAUAAAGACAGGACAAACCUGUUGAUUGAGAAAGACACCGUAAGGCCUGGAAUAUUGGUGCUGGUCAAUGAUGUUGACUGGGAAUUGUUAGGUGGGCUGAAAACUGAGCUCAGUGAUGGUGAUAUGGUCACAUUUAUUUCAACGCUUCAUGGAGGAUAA